ACUUUACUCUGUAAUCAAAGCCACAUGGGGGGCGGAUUUGAGGCCUCUGCUGAUUGGUCAGUGUUCAGAAUCGUCUCCUGGAAACAUGUCGUCUGCAGAGAAGCCCCUUCUGUUCGGAUAUUUCCGCAGCUCCUGCACAUGGAGGGUUCGUAUCGCUCUGGCCCUGAAAGGUAUCGAGUACGAUCAAAAACCCAUCAACCUCAUCAAAGAUGGCGGACAACAGCUAACUGACGAAUUCAAGCGGGUGAACCCCAUGCUGCAAGUUCCAGCACUGAGGAUUGAUGGUGUCACCUUGAGCCAAUCGCUGGCAAUCAUAGAAUACUUGGAGGAGACCCGACCCAGCCCAGCCCUUCUCCCACGUGACCCUGUUCAGAGAGCACGGUGCCGGAUCAUCAGUGACCACAUAACAUCUGGGAUCCAGCCACUGCAGAACCUGGCCGUCCUGAAGAAAGUGGGAGACGGGAGCCAAGAAUGGGCACAGCAUUUCAUUAGACGCGGCUUUCAAGCUCUGGAGCAGCUCCUGCAGGAGACAGCCGGACGGUACUGCGUAGGAGACGAGGUGACGAUGGCUGAUCUGUGUCUAGUACCCCAGGUGUUCAAUGCAGACAGGUUUAAGGUGGACAUGGCACCGUACCCUACAAUUUCCAGACUUAACCAAUCGCUGAUGGAGCUGGAGGCCUUUCAGGUCACCCACCCAUCCCGGCAACCUGACACCCCUCCAGAGCUCAGAGCCUAAGAGGACAGGACCCCUUUCCUGACUACAAUCUUUCACAGCACCCCAUUCCUUUAGUUCUUAGGGCCUAAAUAAGACCCAUGGUGGCCAACAGAUACCACUUCAGCCUUACAAUGUGAUCUGUAUUGGAUUCAAUAAAGAGCGCAAGAGCACUGUG